CACGUAAGAGUUGUUGCAAGUUGCUUGGAGUGCUGAGUACAGACGUUCAAAAAGAUGGUGUUUGAAUCGUUGGUUGUUGAUCUUAUCAAUCGCUUUCUUGGUGAUUUUGUGGAAAAUUUGGAUACAUCCCAACUGAAAAUUGGAAUAUGGGGAGGCAGUGUGGUUCUUGACAAUCUUAACAUAAAAGAGAGUGCAUUGGAUGAACUUGACCUACCUGUGAAAGUCAAAGCGGGACACAUAAGCAAGCUUGUCUUGAAGAUCCCCUGGACAAAUCUGUACACUGAGCCAGUUAUUGCUGAAAUUGAUGGGAUUUAUGCACUUGCUGUACCAAAUAUUGGAGUCAAGUAUGAUGCAAAGAAAGAGGAGAAGAUACUACAGGAUAUUAAACAGAAGAAGCUUGCCCAGAUUGAAGAAGCCAAAAAGCUGGAAGCAGAGAGAAGGCAACCAAAAGAAGUCAAGAAAGACACUUUUGCUGAGAAAUUAACUACACAGAUCGUCAAAAACUUACAGGUUAAGGUCAACAAUAUCCAUGUUCGUUAUGAGGACUGCUACACCAAUCCUGCACGACCUUUUUCCUUUGGCAUCACAUUGCAGGAGCUGCUUUUUCAGACAACAGAUGAAGAGUGGAACCCAUGCAUUAUUAAAGAAGCAGUCACACAGAUUUAUAAGUUGGUCAAACUAGACUCCCUUUCCAUCUAUUGGAAUUGCUACUCAAAUUUGCUGAAUCAAGAGGAGAGUUCUGUCAUAUUGGAUUCCUUGCGAAGUAACAUUGCUGGUCAUGGAGCAAAACCUGAAUACCAAUACGUUGUUCGUCCGAUCUCAUCUGUGGCCCAUCUGCGCCUGCAUACCAAACCAGAGCAGAAGGAAUUCAGUAUCCCAAAGAUUGGACUUACUGUGGUUUUUGAUGAGAUUGCCAUUGGGCUUUCCAAAGAUCAGUAUGAUGAUAUACUAGAGAUGAUGGAAUCCCUUGAGAGAAUGACUCUGCUUUCUGUGUAUCGAAAGUACCGGCCUGACAAACCACUCUCAGGCAACACAGUCUUAUGGUGGCAUUACGCUUAUGAUAGCGUACUGAAUGAAACUGUCCGGCGUCGGCGGCAGAUGUGGUCCUGGCAUCACAUUGCAGAACACAGAAAGAUAAUGAAGACAUAUAGAGAAGCAUACCUUAUCAAGCUGGACAAGAAAUUGUCUGCUGCUGUUCAGAAAAUCCUGGAUAAUAGUGAAAAACAACUAGAUGUGUUCAACAUCACCCUCAUGAGACAGCAAGCAGAGGUGCAGGCAGCCAAGCAGGGUGCACAACGAAAGGAGAGUAGUUCAAAAAGUUGGUUUAGUGGAUUGUUUGGAAAAAGAAAAUCAUCAGACUCAUUAGAGGAAGAAAUAAAGCCUGGAGAAAUGCAGGAGAAAUUCUACGAGUUGUACACAGCAGAGGAGAAAGCCAAAUUAUACAAUGCCAUUGGCUAUGAAGAAAAUGAAAUGACCUUGGUCUAUCCAAAAGAGUACGAAGCAGUCAAGGUUGUUACUAAGUUCAGAAAUGUUGCAAUUUUUCUCAGAGAUAGACAGUCAAAAGAUGUUCACUUUUUACAUCGUAGGGAGACCUUUUUCAGACAGCACCAGCUGCUAAAGCUACAACUAAAGGAUGUGUACUCCUAUUUUGGGCAAAGACCUGCAGCAGGUGCCAUACAUCUUGAUGCUAAAAUAGACAGAAUGGUGGUCUCUGGAACACCUCAGAACGAUGCAGCUCCACGCCUUAUCACCUCCCAGAUACAGGACGCUAAAGAGCAAAUCUACUCCUUGGCUAACCUCUCUAUAGCCACCAAUCCCCUGGACGGCCUCUGUGACACCAGGAUCAGGUUCAAAGGGCGGCCACUGGAAAUUGUUUAUGAUGCUGUAACUAUAAACAAGCUGGCAGAAUUCUUCAAACCUCCAAAAUCUGUUGAAUUGAAACAGCUCUCCCAGGCAGCAAUGUCUAAGUUUGAUGAGAUAAAAGAGCAGUCAACAGCGGGCAUCCAGCAUGCACUACAGCAGCACAAAUACACAGACAUUGGUGUGGACCUUAUGCCUUCCAUCAUUAUUGUGCCAGAGGGUGGCUUGAUGAAGAAUGAUGUUCGGAAGUUGAUUCUUGACCUUGGGCAAUUGACAGUUGUCAGUAGUAAACAUGAUACCUCCAUUGAUCCACAGAUAAUGAGUGUAUUUGGACAACAAGUGUUAGAGCUAGCAGAGAAGUUGAAAAAAGCCUAUGACAGGUUUGACAUCCGACUUCAGCGCAUGCAGCUGCUGCUCGCUAACCCAGGUGAAAAUUGGCAGCUGGCAUGUACUGCAGGCCAGUCUCCACAGCAUGUGCUGUCACCUAUGGACAUCCUGCUUGAUAUCCGUGUGUGCAUCUUUGACAAAGAUCCAAGAAUGGCCAAGACAAAGGUACAUGGAGUUCUGCCCAACCUCAGUCUUCGCAUUUCAGACAAACGUGUCCAUGAGAUCAUGACUUUAGCCCUGAGCAUCCCACUGCCAGAAUCUGCACCAGUAGACGAAGAACCAGAAACAGAGAUGUUCAAGGGCCCCAGUGAUCUUCCAGCAAGCUUGACUGCAUUAUCAACAAGCAGAAUAGUGAACACCGCCAUUAUUGCUACUGCAGAACACACUGAUAAGGAACGUGCUCCAGAGCUGAGACGCCUAAGUUCAGUGGAAUAUACCAAUAUGACUGACAUGGAACUUAACUUUGAGAUCAAGGAGAUGGUAGCAGUACUAAGCCAGAGACAAGGCGACACAGAGAUACCAGUAUUGAAGCUAAUGGUGGAGUCUGUUGGGACUGAAGUGCAAAUGAGGAGGUUUGACAUGCUAGUUGAUGCCCAUAUUGGCACAGUGUAUGCCCAGCAUCUUAAAUAUCAGUUGAGCAACAGAAUAAACGAAGAAUUGCUGUCGACUGGAGCUGUGUCAUCAGGGCCACUCAUUAAUUUAGUCAACACACCAUCUGUAGGUGAAGACCAAAAACUGCUUUCUGUUACCUUUCUACAGGCCAAAAAGACAGGCCCAGAGUUCUCCACUCUAUACCGGAACAUAGAGAAAAACAUCCAGGUGAAUUUCUCAGCUGUUGAGAUCCUCCUUCACCAGCGUGCCAUCCUUGAUCUCAUGGAAUUAGCCAACAGUCUUGUGCCUCCUAGCACUGAUGAUUCUCAACAGUCAAAAAAUCUCUCAGACGACAAGGCAGAAGCUGGCAGUAGUCUUGAGCUGUGGAAGGAAAAAGAGAAAGGUUCAAAGAAAAGGAAGGAAGAUCCCAAUCUCAUCAACUUGAAGGUCACAGUAGUUUUAAGUAAAUUUUCGGUUGGAGUCUGCAAUGAUGAAAGACUGAUCACCAAUGUCCAGAUCAAAGGUAUUUGUGCAGAGGUUGCUAUACAGCAGGCCAGAACAACAGUGAGUGCAAUCCUCAGAGAAACAACUGUUUUUGAUCCAGACCCACAUACUCGAUAUCACCGUAUCCUCUGCAUAGAAGGCAGCAAUGUAUUGAAGGCUGGAGCAGUUGUGUACAACGGUGGCACAGCAGGCAAUAAGUAUAGUGACAUGUCAUGUUUUGAUACUGGUGUGGAUGUGGAAAUUGGAUGCAUCAAAGUUUUCUUUGUUAACAAGUUCAUCUCAGAUCUGUUGGGCUUUAUGGACAAUUUUCAAGCCGCGAAAGACCAGAUGCAAAAGGCUGGCCAGGUGGCAGCACAAGUUGGCAUGGAUACUGUACAGUCUCUGCAGGAGACAGCAACCCGUCUGUUGCUUAAGGUGAACAUGAAAGCUCCGGUCAUUGUGGUGCCACAAAACUCCACCUCUAGUAACACCCUGAUGCUUGACUUUGGUCAGUUGUCCAUCACCAACUCCUUUAAGUUGGCAGGAAAGCUUUCCCCAAACAAUGUACCAGCCAUCUUGGAGGAGAUGAACAUUGUGUUGACAUCUUUGAAACUGUCCAGGGCACUGAUGAAAGGGGAUACUGACAUUUCUGCUGAGUGCUUAAUCCUAGAACCCUUGACAGUGUCCUUGCAGAUGAGACGUAAUCUUUCAGCCUCCUGGUAUCAUGAAAGUCCUGAAUUAGAACUUUGUGGGGCACUUGAACCCUUGAAUGUUCGAUUAAGUCAAGGAGACUUUGGUACCAUGAUGCAAAUUCUGAAUGAGAACCUGCGAGAAGGACAGCCACAGGCUAGUACAAAGAGUAAUGCUGUAGCAUCUUCUCAUUCACCUGAAACCGUGGUACCAUCUGUCAGUACGACCUCUAAAAUGUUGACAGAAAUGGAAAAGCAUAGACCUGAGGUCUAUGUCCGGAUCAAAGUUGAUGUGCAGCUGAAAGGGGUGAUAGCUGUCUUCUAUUCUGGUGAUACUGUCCUGACAAGUGGCAUCUGUAAACGUGAACCUUCAAGUUCUCUGGGUAAAUUUGAGCUGGUCUCCAUGUCAGCAGUAGCCAUCAUUAUGUCUAACGAUGCUCUAAAGGCGAAAGUCAGCCUCAAUGACUUAAUUCUUGAUGACCUUCGGCUAUCUAAAAGAACUGGUAUCACAAGGAUGAUAGAGAGAAGCAAAAGUGGCAGAAAUCAUUCUUCAGAUAUGGUCUGUGUGGACUUCCAGCAAGAUGCUGAAAAGUGUCUGAAUGUCAAGAUAAGCAUAAGCAGUCUCUACAUCUGUGUAUGUGUGGAGUUCUUGAUGUCACUGGCCAACUUCUUCACCCAGGGUUUGGGCGAAAUUUCUGAUAGUGCUUUAAAACCUAAACAUGGAGCUAUGCAGUCUGGUUUGACUCCUCCAGUACACUCAGACCAAAAACAAGAACUGCAGAUAAUGGAGGUGGUGCUAGAGAUGGAGAAGCCAGAGAUCAUUCUUAUUGAAGAUCAGAUGAACCAAAGUACCAAAUCUCUUGCUGUGGAUUUGGCUCUGUCGUUCCGCUUGAUUCAGACACCUGAAGUUCAAAAGAUAAACGCCGGUAUUAAUGGGAUUCAGGUGUUCAUGUGUACAUUUGACAGUCGCCACAUACCCAGUCAUCAGAUACUAGUACCUUUUGACAUCAGUGUGGUCAGCAGUGCACCUUAUGGUCAAAAUCAUCAUGUUGAUGUCACUUUCAGUGACAUUGUGCUUGUGAUUUCACCAAGUAUCCUGACAACCAUAUCUCUGAUUUCUAGGGGAUUGACUCCUGAGGGUUCAAAAACUAGUCCAUUAUUUCUCAGUACUCUUGCAUCCGUCCCAAAAUGGAAGGUUCCUGCAAAUCUCUGGGAUGUGAAGACCCUGGCUUCAUGCAAUCUUUGGUACAUUGAAUCAGCUAAACAGGAAACUAAAGAGCAGACUUAACCUCAACAACUAGUCACUCUUCUAUUAGGGAACUCAACCAGAAGAGAAGAGCAUAAUGAGCAGAUGGUUGUUAGCAUCCCAUCCAUAGUGAUAGAACUGGAGGGAGGUAUUGGAAAUCGCACAGUGCCCCUUCUUAUCCUUGAGUCUAAAUUCUGGGCACAAGUUCACAACUGGAGCACUCAG